CUUCGUUCUCUCAGUCGUUGUUCGUGCGGGGUUGUGACCCGCGAACAGUCAGCCAUGGCAAGGUCCCCAGAUGAAGCCUUCAAUGUGCUUAGCGCAAUGGCCUCCGCUCUUGGACUUCGGUGCGUUGCUGUGAACAACCGAUGAAAGCAAAAGAAGAAACGAGAGGCAUUCGUGCCAGUGCCACUGCAUGCACAGUGCCAGAGCGAGUACGCCGUUGUGUGCUGCUUGCAUGACGCCAUCGUCGCGGGCCGAAAAAAGAGGGGGCCCACAGGGCAUGUGCGAAGGGACACUCCAUGCGCAGAGCUAUAGGUCAAAUUGUUCUUAUAGGAAACUUCCGCCGCCGGCUUGUCCGGGAACUGCUUGUAGCCUGGAAGCCAUUGCUAUUAGCUUGGAAGCCAUCGCUAUUAGCUUGGAGGCCAGCCGUAUUAGGUUGGAGGACAUCACUACUGGCCAUCGACUAGCUUGGAGUGCUUGGAAGCCAUCGCUAUUAGCUUGAAGGCCAUCGCUAUCAGCCAGGGCUAUUUGGUUGGAGGCCAUCAUUACUUGCCAUGGCGAUUAGCUUGGAAGCCAUCCCUAUUAGCUUGGAGGCUGCAGCAGACGCGGGGAUUGACAAAACCGGACGUAGCAGUGCAGUGGCGGUGCUUGCGACGUUGCUCUUCACUUCGCCGCAGCUUGCUGCCUCUUCGGCUUUUGUGAUCCAUCCAGCCAUCACAUUGCUGAGGAGAGUCGAGCUGCUUCGUCUCGGGCAUGUUUCUCUUUCACUAUGCAUUCUUUACUCGAUUUCUCAAAAUCACCAGAAGCUGCUCGGCUGUGUUCAACCAAUUUGUUUUUGCUGUUUUGGUUUGCUGCUCUGGCAUUUGUCCGGCAAAGGGCCCCCGACAUUCCCAGAGGCAGAGAAUGCGCUGCCAAAAUCUUGGCAUCCUUGGCUGGAGUAGAAGCCCAUGCCACGACGAUGGUAGACUCUGGUGCUGUAUUGGAUCUUGCAGCGGCACUGUCCGGUCCAGAGCAGCGCUGGGCGGCACUUGCACUUCGUCAACUUGCACGAGGAGUUGAAGCCAGAAAAGCAGUCAUCCCUGUGCAUGCGGCGCUGGUCGAACUGCUCAAGUUGGAGAUUACGCCGGCUGCGCGUGUGGCCGCCACAGAAGCACUGGGAUUUCUGGCUGAAGAUGAAGAAAUGAGGCUGCAUCUCCGCAGGGAAGCUGCCGUUUUUCUCCGGGGUCUAAGCUCCCAGGACCCUUACUGCCAAGAAGCAGCGUCAAGGGUACUGCUGAGAUUGCUGCUAAAUUCAGGUGAGAGCUCUGAAUACGAUGAGGACUUUGCUCAAGCUCUUGCAGAUCAGGCAGCUUUGAGGGCUUUGCCAACUGGUCCUGCUUUCCUGCAGCAUCUUCAGGCAACUUCGGGGAAUGAGGAAAAAAGAAUAGAAGCGGGAAGAACGCGGCGAGGUCCUUUGGGAAGCCCUUCUCAUGCAGCAUGCGAUUGAUUUGCUUGCGUCUAUAUCCAAGUAGCUUCAAUGACUCAGCUUGUGCCGCAGUGUGGAUCAGACAUCUCAACAUUUUGACUUGCAUUCUGUCAGAAUUCCUGGAUGAAGUCCGA